UUACUGAAUUUCACAAACUGGAAAAAGGAGACGAUGAUGCAGAACACCAGAUUACAUGUCAGGCUGGACUUUCAUAUGGCUUCCUGGAACAACAGGAUAAACGGGAGUUACAUGAUUCUGAAGUCAAUGGCAAACUAUUUCAAGAAAACACUGGAUUAAAACACACUGUUUAAUAUUUACAAAUGGCAGCAUUUGUAGGGGACUGUUUCUUCUGUUUGCUACUUUUUCUGCUCCCUCUAGCUUACCACUGGCCCAGAGUGCGUUGCUGGACGGGGCUGGUGGUCAAGGCUCUAAGCUGGAGACUCUGGGUUAUUAUUUGCCUGAUCCUGGAGCUGCCACUAAACAAGAAUACCAAUACAUGGGCUGAAGAGGCCAAAUCAGCAGAUAUUUUUUCAGGUUCAGGUCAGAUCUCAGAUGAUCUUAGGUUCAUCUGCAAACCUACUGCGCUGGCCAAAUAUCUGCUGCAGCACUGCGGCUCUCUGGCCAAGCCAAGACUAGCCGCCUGGCCAAGGGGAGACCCCCACCUCCAGACAUUGUCCAGCCUGCUGUGGGGCCAACAUGCAGACAAGUUGCAGUUCACUAGAGAUCACCUGUUACUGAAAGAUGGGGGAAUCAUAGCUCUGGACUGGGCUAUAAGGACAACAAUGUGUGAGGCGGUUGCAAGACGGAAAUGGGACAUGAGGAAGGAGCACCAGUUCGGUGUGAGGGCACUGGGCUGCUUUACAUCGACACCUCCUGUCCUCCUCCUCAUCCCUCAGUCCUGGGGAGGGAUGACCCCCCACUUGAAGUUGCUGUGCCAUCAGGCUCUGCUUCAGGGUUUUUAUGUGGUUGUCGUUCACCCUCGGGGCACAGAUGGGUGCCCACUGACCACAGCACGACUAACUGAGUUUGGAGACCCAGCUGAUCUUGAGCAGGCGGUGGCUUAUGUCCACAGCCGCCACCCUUCCUCUAUGAUGGUUGCAGUGAGUGAGGGGUCAGGCUCAGGGAUCCUUCUGUCAUAUUUGGGGGAGUGUGGAUCAAGCACGUGCCUAACAGCAGCUGCAGCAAUCUCACCUGUUCUUCUUGGACAGCUGUGGUUUGAAACGACUAUGCCUCCUAUUUACCGCUGGGGGGCACUGUUUCACCGGAAACAGCAGCUUAGGAGAUAUGCAAGUUCCUUCAGAGGAGUCCUGGAUGUGGAUCGAGCCCUCAGCUCUUCCUCCCUCAGGGACUUUGAGGAAGCUGUUUUCUGCUCCUCAGCUCAGCCUCAAGUAAGUCCUUUAAAUUUUGGACUGCGCUCAGGAUCUCACCCCCAGUGGGGCUUGGCACCUUCAGUAGCGUGGACGCUGGAUGAGAGGGUUUACCCAGCCAAGGACUGGGAGAGCUACUGGGAGAGGAACGAACCACUGAGAGAUGCAGAUGAGGUGGCCAUCCCUGUGCUCUGUAUUUGCAGCAGUGACGACCCUCUCCUCCCUCCUGCCUCCACUUUGCCCCCUUCCCUUUUCAUGAGUAAUCCUUAUUUCUUUCUGGUGUUGACAGAUAGGGGAGGGCAUUGUGGAUUUGCUCUGGAGGAAGAGAGGACAGUAAAUGAGGAGGAAGGGGGAGGAAUCUGGAGUCAUAUCACAGUUCUGGAGUACUUUAGGGUUGUAGCUGAAUUCCUGAGAGGGGAGGAGAGGAAUUGGGUGAGCCGCAGUGGUCUAGAAGAAAACAGUCAGACUGGGCUGAGGGGCUGGACCAUGGUUCCUCCUCGUAGGAAGAGAGCCACAGAGAUGAGAAGGCCAAGACCACAGGCACCCGAACAAAACUACAUGGAUGCACAAGAAGGGAACUUCACCUGGAAGAGGUCCUACACACGCUGAAGGAAAUAAGAUGGUCCUGAAUUAGGUCUGCAGAGAGAUUUGUCAACUCUGGACAAUUUGGUGGAAUUUUCUGCUUUUUCUCUGUAAA